CUCUUUGAAGAAGUAUACGGCUUUCUCCAAAGUUUCAAACUUCGUCGGAGGAAAAGAACUAGUACUGGUAUUAACAAAACAAAAAGCAAGGGAUCGGAAAUGGUAGCUCGGAAGCUUCUCGUCCGCCAUGAAAACUCAACCUUCGACAUCGAUUACGACACCGAUGAUGGCCUCGAAGUGUUCAAAUUUCAACUAUUUUCUCUCACUUCAAUUCCUCCAGAUGAACAGAAGAUCGUUUGUGAUGAUGAUCAUCAUGAUAUUAAGAUCAUUUGUGAUGAUUCUGACCUAAAUUCAAUUGAAGAAAAGGUUCGUUUGAUUUCAAUUGAAGAAGAUGUUGUAGCUGAAUCGUCGGCAACUGGUGAUUCUCAUGUUAAUGAAGAAUUGCUCAAGUCUGAUGAAGAAUUUGCUCGAUUGCUUCAGGCUGAGGAGGAAGCAUUGCUUUUUCAACAGUAUGUUGCUCCUGAAGACAAUGGACAAAUAGAAGAACAACUCCGGGGUUAUAUUGAUAAAGUUUUUAUGUAUGAGGACCCAACUCGCCAGGAAGCUGCUCGUAAGACAGUACCCGUUGAUGAGUUGGAGGAGAAAUCAUUGGUGGCCAUAGCGAAAAAGGAGGGGAACUUUGAACCAACAAAAGAUGAACGGGAUCAUGCUUUCUUGCUGGAGUUGUUGAUUUGGUUCAAACAAUCAUUCAGUUGGGUUAAUGCUCCUCCUUGUGAUAGCUGUGGGAAUCAAACUAUAGGCCAGGGCAUGGGUGUACCAUCGCCUGCAGAAAUGAAAUAUGGAGGUUCACGAGUUGAGCUAUAUCGCUGCAGCUUCUGCUCGAGGAUUACUCGUUUCCCACGCUAUAAUGACCCAAUAAAGAUCCUAGAAACUAAAAAAGGGCGUUGUGGGGAGUGGGCUAACUGCUUUACUCUGUAUUGCAGAGCAUUUGGCUAUGAGUCACGUCCUGUUUUGGAUUUCACGGAUCAUGUAUGGACAGAGUGUUUUUCACAUCAUUUAGGGAGGUGGAUGCAUCUUGAUCCUUGUGAAGGAAUUUAUGACAACCCAUUGUUGUAUGAAAAAGGGUGGAAUAAAAAAUUAAAUUAUGUGAUUGCUAUUGCAAAAGAUGGGGUAUAUGAUGUCACAAAACGUUACACAAGAAAGUGGCAUGAGGUUCUAACCCGCCGGAAUAUUACAACAGAGCAAAAUUUAUGCAAUGAUCUGGAAAAACUAACAAAACAAUGCCGAAAGGGUUUAAAACCAGAAGAGAUAUCUUUGCUUGAAGAACGUUACAAAAUUGAGAAAGAAGCUAUUGAAAGAGAUCUUCAUUCGAAGGGUGAUGCUGCUGUUUCACUACCUGGGAGACUAAGUGGGGACAAGCAAUGGCGCAUCUCAAGAUCAGAAUAUGAAUCUGGAAAGGAUGGCUUGAGUUGCACUACUUGUCCUGUUCGUUUGUGUGUCGAUGAGCAUGUUUCUGAUAUUUAUAAUUCAUUGGGAGUUGUCAUUUCCCAGUUUGCGGAUAGCUCUCUUUCAGUCUCCAGUGGGGUUGAUGCCCUAAAGACCCUAAGAAGGAUCUUGACAGAUUGUCAGAAGUGUCCUUUUAGAUCUAGAAAGAUAAUAAACACUUCACAUGGUCUACAACCUUCUUUGCACCAUUUAUUGCCUGCUUUUGGCAAGCUAAUGAACACCCUCUAUCUGAAGUUUGAGCUCGACACUAAAAAUGAGGUGCUUGUGCAUAUGGUUGGCCAUCCUAUAAAGACCUCCUUAGCUUUGCCGGUUGCACUAGAUGCUCUGGAUGAUAUGAUUGUGAGCCUUGCUAAAUGUCCCAGCAUUUCAAAAGAUUGUCUCUCUUUGCCGCUUCUGAGGUUGAAUAGAAUACAUUCAGGUUCAGUCCUUGCAAGUGGAGAAGAGCUUCCUUUUGGAAUUGCUACAUCAGCUUUUGAUGGGUUACAGUCGUCAAAAUGGGAAGAACCAAAUGGAGCAAGAGGUGGUUGGAUUGCAUACAAACUGAAAGAGGAGCAGAUGUGUGAGGUUGUGGCGUAUGAGCUGAUGUCUGCUAAUGAUGCUCCAGAGAGAGAUCCAAUGAAUUGGAUUGUUGAAGGAAGCAGUGAUGGAGGAUCCAGUUGGUAUGUUUUGGACAGACAAACUUCUCAGACAUUUGAUAGCCGUUUUCAGUGCAAACUGUACAGGGUUGGAACGCGGCAUACACUAUCAAACGCCAUAAGGUUCACCUUUCUGUCAGUCCGAGAUGUUAAGUCGACCUCAAGGCUACAAAUUGGUAGUAUUGACUUGUAUGCAGGAAACUACUAACAUCCAGUGCAGGAGGAAAGGGGAGGCAGAAAGGGAUUAUGUAUAAAUGACUCCAGAAGGAAGAAAUGUAAUAUUGUUACUACUGAUUACUGGUGCCAGUUUAGUCUGUGGCAACUAUUAUGCUGCUUUGAUUUUGACUGACAUCUAUUUAUUCAAAUACGAGGGUUGUAUUUAUUAUUUUUAUUUCAAAAUCCAUCAGGUUUGAGAAGUUAUAGGCUGAAUAAAAAUAGUUUAUUCAGUUAAUCCCUCGCAAUGUUGUAAAGAUGUAAUUUUUAUAUAACAACUAAUUGUUAUGCCCUUGCAUUGCCUAGGUGCCUCGUAUUGCACAGAUUUGUAAAUGUUGUUAUUUGAUCUUGGCUCUUUUAAGAAAUAUUCACAUUGUGUUCGAAGUUAAUAACUGUCCCUACUUGAAAGAGUUGAAACAUUCGUUUAACAAUCGUACUUUAGAGUUAACUUUUCUUAUUUAA